UGUCCAUGUUCGUCGUAUCGGCGGUGGCUAUGGUUUGAAAAUCUCCCGAAGCAUCCAAUCAGCUGUUGCUUGUAGUCUUGUCGCGCACAAACUGAACCGCCCGUGCCGAUUCAUCAUGUCUUUAAGUUCCAUACUUAAAUCCGUUGGAAAGAGAUUCCCUUGCCAUACGACCUUCGAGGCCGCAGUAAACAGUUCCGGUCAGUUGCAAUACCUAAAUGCUGAACUUUAUGAAGACAAUGGUUACAAAACCAACGAAAUGGUUUCCACAAUCGGCAUGGACGUGUACAACAACUGUUAUGAUAAAUCUAAGAUUAAUUUCAAGUACUACGACUCCAUAACUGACAUGCCCAAGAAUACUUUCUGUAGAUCACCUGGUUCUAUGGAAGCUAUUACUAACAUGGAGUGCAUUAUGGAACAAAUUUCCUACGAACUCUCAAUGGAUCCCGUAGCCGUACGAUUAGCCAACUUAGAUCAUGAGCAAUACGGAGAAAUGGCAAAAAUGGUUGAAGAAGUUAAAGUCCAAACUGACUAUGUACCUAGACGAGCGGCAGUUGAUUCAUUUAACGCUGAAAACAGAUGGAAGAAGCGCGGUCUCCGAUGGGCUUUCGCUAGAUGGGCUCCCAUUGGAGCACAACAUUUUGACCUUAACCUCGCGGUUUACCAUGCUGAUGGUACCGUAGCUAUUACCCACGCUGGUGUUGAAAUGGGACAAGGAAUCAACACUAAGGCAAUCCAACUCACUUCCUACUUACUAAAGAUCCCCAUUGAGAAGAUUCAAGUGAAAGCCAACAGCACAGUCGUCACACCGAACAGUUUCAUGUCUGGUGGAAGUUUGACAACCAGUAGUAUUAUCAUUGGUCUCAGAAAAUGUUGUGCGGAGUUGAAUGCUAGAUUGGAACCUUUUAGAGCAUCUUUAGAAAACCCUACUUGGGAGGAACUGAUCACAGCAGCGUAUGGUGCUGAUGUAGAUCUGCAAACUCACGGAUUUACUGGCUUUGGUGAUGCACAAGUCUAUGAUGUGUACGGUAUGGCCUUGUGUGAAGUUGAACUUGACGUUUUGACUGCUGAGUACGAAAUCUUGAGAGUGGAUAUGAUACAAGAUGUAGGUGUGAGUCUUAACCCUGAUAUUGAUAUUGGACAAGUUGAGGGAGCCUUCAUUAUGGGUCUUGGUUACUGGACAUGCGAGAAGCUGGUUUAUACCGAAGAAGGCGAAAAUCUGACCAACCGUGCUUGGGAUUACCAUCUUCCAGUCUCUAAGGACAUUCCUCAGGACUUCAGGAUUUACCUGAAAAAGAACUCAUACAGUAAUGAAAGGAUUCUUGGAUCUAAAGGAACUGGUGAACCCCCGAUUUGUGCUUCAGUCGUCGUACCAUUCGCAAUCAGAGAAGCUAUAACUCAAGCAAGAAAAGAAGCAGGCAUACCUAGCACUGAGUGGUUCCAAAUUGAUGGACCUUUCUCUGGAGAGAAAGUCUACAAGUCUCUAAGACCGAAUGUCAAGGACUUCAGACUGUACUAGAUAUAUGCCACAGGCAGCUCUUCAGCCAAGUGAAGACACUCAAUCGUUACUAUUGCGGUUGAAGAAAGAUUCCCUAAGAAAAGUGAUCCAUCUUUUUAUUUUUAACAAUUUUAUAGAUAUUUUGU